GAUUGACAUUUGACCAAUCAGAAAAAAGAGAAUCAAUUCUAAGUGUACUGAUCUGAUUGGCCAAAUUGCAAUUCAAUCUCAAUCCUAAUCCGUAGUGUGACAUAGGCUUUAGGCUCAGGACUCAGGUUCUUCUCUGCUUAGCACAUAGGCAUCAACAAACCAAAUCUUGAGUGAUAUUACGCAGAUGACAGCGACUGACGGAUAAUGAUGGAUAAUGAGAUACAUUUGAAUUUUGAUACAUAAGACUUAAAUAAAAUGGGUCCUCCACCUGUGGUCACUGGAAUAUCACCUAAGGAAGGUCCGCCUGGCACUCGAGUGACAGUUCGUGGCGAAUUUUUAGGAAGUAAAGCACAAGAUCUUACAGGGUUAACAAUAUGUGGAUGCGAUUGUCUGCUUUCGGCAGAAUGGAAAUCGUCGAACAAGAUUGUAGCAAGAUCCGGGCCUUGCAAAGGCCGUGGCGAUAUAAUAGUUACAACUCGAAGUGGAGGACAGGGAACGUCAACGGUGCAGUUUCGUGGUUAUCAUGAAACCAUAGGCCCCAUGAAAGAGUCUGCUGUGUGGGUAGAAGAAGCUCCUAUACAGAGUCUGGGUUGGGGCAGACGAGCAUUGUCACCUACAAACUAUCAACAAGAAGAUCCUUUGGGACUUAGUGUAGAAGGAAAUGAUAAAAAGUUUCCUGAAGAUGAACUGAUUGAACUGUUUGGAGAUGGAAGUGGAGAUCUCACAAAUGAGAAAUUUCAUCCGGGAUGGUUUUUAUUGCAGCAUCAUCAUGCUACAACUAUGGAGGAUUUAAAAGCAGGCUUAGCUUUUCUCAAAAGAAAAGUUAAUUCCCAAAAGGAAGGAGAACUCUCAUUUCUUAAAGCUAAUGUGGGAGCGGUAAUGGAACAACUUGACACCAUAAUGUCAUUGAAAGAUCAGUUUGAAGCGGAUAUGAAGACUUACGGCAAUGAUCCCACUGAAAAAUUAGAAAAGGCUAUCAAGCAGUCUAUGUCAGAAGCGAAUAAAUUAUUUGACGACGUAUUGGCGAGAAGAGACAGAGCCGAUGCCACUCGUAACGCUUUGGCCGUUAUGCAACGUUAUAAGUUUCUCUUUUGCAUGCCAAUUAACAUCGAAAGAAAUGUCAAACGCGGCAACUACGAUCUUGUAAUUAACGAUUAUGCCAGAGUGAAAAAUCUGUUUAAAAAUACGGAAGUGGAAGUCUUCAGAAAAGUAUUGCAAGAAAUUGAUGACAGAAUUGACAAUUUUAAAGUGCUAUUACGGAACAAGUUGAAAGAGAUGCCGUUCAGUUUGGAGGAACGCAAGAAGAUUAUCAGGAAUCUUGUUAAUCUUGAAGCUGAAGGUGAUCCAGCAUGGGACGCAAUAGUCGCACAUGCGAACUAUUUGGAAAAAACUGUUGCCAAUGCUAUACACGAGCAUCUGAAUAUAGUUAGCAACGAAGACGCUAACAAAACGUCGAAAUUCACAUCGUUGAGCGCCAAGCAUUUACAUUCGCAAAAAAUUAAUGAAAAUGGUUUACCAUCACAAAUCUUGUGCAUUGAAACGAUCUGCGACAUCGUAAUCGAACAAUUGCCCGACUUGUGGAGAUUAGGACAGAGCUAUUUCACAGGACAGUUGCACGUGGCGGUAGAUGUUGAAAAGCAAAGCCAAUUUAAAAAUUUAGUUUUAUCUAGUAUGCAACGUGCCAUGGAAGCCAUGAAAACUACAUGCAAUAAUGACGUUGAAGCAAUAUGGCUUAUACAUAUGUUACGCUGCAUCAGACAAAUGUACGCGUCUCUAAUACAUUUGGACUUGCCUAGCGAGGCUCUUGAUAUCUUUGGAUCAUUUAUAUUGAAUUUGAGGAUACAAUGCAUGAUAUCUCUUUUCAAAGAAGGAGCAGACAACAUAACAGCUCUGAGCCGAAAAGAAACAUGGCAAGUGGAAUAUCUGAGCGAGGACAUUGGCGUUACAAAACUGCCGCAUCUGUUCGAAGAAAUCGUUCUGGAAACAUCGAGACAAGCACGUGAAACGGUGGUCGCUUGUGGGCCGAGGGAAGGACCUUUGUUCAAUAAUCCAACUCAUCAGACUCUUUAUUACAAUACUGUUAAAACAUUAUUUAUCUCUUUUACACAAUGUUUGCACAAAUUAGCAUUUAGCGGUUGCGAGGACGCUAUGGACAAUGAUGAAACGUCAGUUUCACAGUUGAUCGGCUCGCCUUCCAACUAUAAAAGCAAAACCAAUAAACAUCAAGGACCGACAUGGGAACAGUGUCUCUUGAUCUCGUUAAGCAAUAUACAGUAUACUUUAACUACCGUUUUACCACGGAUCGAAGACGCUCUGAAAACGCAAGGCUAUCCGGAUUUGCGCACCGCAAUUGGAUGGACUAACGAUUGGACGCAAUUAGAGAAGUUGGAUAACGAAGUUUUGGACGCGUAUUUGGAAUACCGUUGCGAUCCGCUCGUCGGCACGAUCGAACCCAGCAUGUAUUUAGGCGGAUUAGAAUGGGACUUUGAUACAAAGCCGACUCAUCUAAAGCCGUACGCUCAAGAGAUACUGGCAAAUUUAAUCGCCGUACACGCGGAGGUGCGUCGAGUCGCGCCGGCCCUGUUACAGCGAAUUCUGUCCCACAUAAUAGAGACCAUAGCCGAGGAACUCGCGCGACUUAUGUCAUGCGUCACGCAAUUUCGUCCAGCCGGAAUUAUUCAGGCUAGGACGGAUAUAAUACUCUUAAAGAAUACACUGCAAGGCUACAGCACGAGUAGAGCGAGAAGUUUUUUCGAGGAAGCUCUGGAUGCAAUACCUCAACCGACGAGUAAAGAGGAUUGCAUGCGAAUUGAUAGUCUUCUAUUGGAGAUCACAAAAUGUAUGAGAUUGCAAUUAUCGUGUCUUGCUAGUGACGGAACGAAGACUAUUCGUUAUUUAAUAGCAGAUCCUGAACGUGUUACUACUGUAUAAACUUGUUUUAUACAAUAAUUGAAGCAAAACCAAUGCGUAUAUUUUACUUAUUUAUUAAAAGUUUUUAGUUACGUAGCUAAAAAUACAGGGUUUG